AUGGGAAUCAAAGAGUGGUGCAAUUGUUCUUUAGGCGAUCACAGAGCCAUCGUAUUGGGAAAGAGCUACGACGUGUCGACGCAACAUGGUUGGCGAUCGUUUUGGAGGAAAAUCAAGACCAUGGAGAACAAGAAUAAGAAGAAGAAGAUGGUGAUGAUAAAGAACAAGUUGUAUUCAAGUUCUUCUGUGAGAUUGCAGCCUUCAUAUGAUCCCACCACGUAUUCCAAGAAUUUUGAUCAAGGAAUGGGGUGGGAAGAGCCCGAUUAUCUCUCUCGCUCCUUCUCGGCUCGGUUUGCUGAUCCCUCUAGAAUUUUCCCAAAAAAUAUUGUAUUGUUGGAUUGA